AUGGAGUCUAAUAGAGGCAUAGCCUUUGUUGAGUUCUUGGGCUCAGAAAUCGUGGAAUUUCAAACCGCGACCCGAUCCGAAUCCAUCAAGAUCCAUCGAAAGCUCCUCGAAUCGAAAUGCAACACCUCAGUCGCAGCCCUCAGACACGACUUCAAAGGCCGUGCUAUGCGAAUGACCUUUGCAGAGACACGCUACGAGACCGUGGCCCAGUUCGUCGAAUGGGCAUACCGCGGUGACUACAGUGAGGUAGUAACUCUGCCCGCGGAUUCGCCUGGAGAAACAAAAUCUGAGGACUCGUCUUCGUUGGAAGGAGGGGUUAAGAUGUCGGUGGAUGACUUUUCGAAAGCGAAAACCCCGUCACAAAUCACUCUGGCCAGUUCCCCGGACGGUUCACUGUCGCACACCUUGUUGUGUCACCUACACGUCUACAUUUUCAGUGACCUCAACAUGAUCCCAGAACUCAAGGACCUCGCGUUUGAACAGGUCACCGCCGUCCUCAAAUCGAUGGGCAAGCCACGUUCUAUGACCGAGCAACUUGCCGUCGUUGACUGCCUUGAGUUGACCUUUUCGAAAGUCCCUUUCCGUGAUAAGCUUCCUGGAUGGUUGGUCAGCAUGCCUCCCGGUGCAUGGUGGAGUUGCAUCUGCAGGGCAAAUUUCAUGAUCUACUGCGCAGACUGCCGGGGGUUGGGUCUCGUAUGA